AUGCGCCGCUGGGCUUCGCGGAGGUGCCAGUUCACACCUUCGGGCCGGCAUAAAGGCCGGCGGCCGCCUCGGCGUCCUCCCAGAGCCAGCUCGGCUGCAGCCAUGGCCCACGGCUAUCCCACUGCCCCACUCGGGAGCCCAGCUCUGGAGCUGCCCUCCUUCUGGGCCGCCCAGCCUCAGCCUCAGCCCCAGCACCCGACGUGGGGAUGGCCCGACGGCUCCAGCAGCGCCUCGCCGGCCUCUUCUCCGGACUCCUGCGGCUUCUCGCCCUCGCCCUGCCCUUGGAGCAGCGCUGGCCUCGGGACCAGAAAAGGCAGCGGUAGCGGCAGCAGCGGCCGUCGGGCCCGGCUAGGCUUGGGGCAGCGCCAGAGCGCCAGCCAGCGCGAAAAGCACCGCAUGCGGCGCCUGGCCCAGGCCUUGCACACGCUGCGCCUCUACCUGCCGGCCUCGGUGGCGCCUGCCGGGCAGAGCCUGACCAAGAUCGAGACGCUCCGCCUGGCCAGCCGCUACAUCGCGCACCUCUCCGAGCAGCUGGGCCUCAGCGAAGAGGCGCUGACCCGCGCUGCCCGACGCCCCCCGACGGCACCCGAUCCCCUAGCUUGGUCUCGCGGCCUCCAGCAGGACCCCCUCGACGCCUCCUGCUGCUGCAGCUCCCCUGUCUCGCCGUCGGCCCCCUGGCUGCUGGGUUCUCCGUCCUGCUCCGGAACCGGGGCCCCUGCCGAGUCCUCCACCGACGGAGGCGGGCGAAUAGAGCCGCCCUGGACUGCGGAGCUCGCGGAGCUGGAUCUUUCCUCGCAGGUAAGUCCCUCGAGCCACACCUGGGCAGCAAGCUCCGUCCAGCGCGGACCGGCAGCGCCUUGAGCAUGUGGCCUUCUGCAUGCAGCUCUGGACCUCCUCCAGCUGCAAACGGCCCUUCCGACUCCGGCUAUUCUCUGCUCCCCCUGGGCAGGUUCAAGGGAAGCCUUAAAGCGGGAAGGACCGUCGCAGCUCAGGGCUAGGCAUGCAAAAGGUCCCAAAUUCAAUCCCAAUGGGAUUUCCAGAUAGGGCUGGGAGAGAAACCUUUGCCUGAAACCCUGGAGAGCUGCUGCCAGUCAGUGCAGGCAAUACUGAGCUAGAUGGACCAGUGGGUCUAAUUCAGAUGUUCAGUUUCCUGUUCAGCAGCUGAGCAUAAGGCAAAGCAGGGGACAGCCAAGAACAGAGCGCUCCUUCUGCCCCCCUUCCUGACCACUUGCCCUUGACUGAUGCUGACCCCCUACAUUGCUCUCUCUCUUUCUCUCUUGCCUCUCUUUCCAGAUUCUCCCCGAUGAGCUGGUGGCUUUCUUGGAGGGCUUCCUUCCGCCGGCAUCUCAAGGCUGA